AUUUAUCACUCAUCUAACUUUUUAGGGAAAGAACAUAUUUUAAUCAAUACGCAUAAAAAUCACUUUCUCAAUAUAAAGUACCAACUCUUUCAGACAAAGACACUUGUGGAAAUAAGAGCAAGGCAACAGGACUUGCCCUAGCUGUAAAUUAAUAUAAAUUUCCCAACAGUGUGUUAUCUAAAACCACAAAAGGAACAUGGCUUAUGAAGUGCUCCACCCAUGCAUCUUCCUUGAUCUUUUUGUUCAGGUUAGGCAAACAUCUCACACAAAGUUUUUCUUUCUUUUCUUACUCGUUUCCUUUGGCAUCAACUGUGCAUCCUUCACCAAUACAAGUGAUGAUCAACUCUUAUACCUUGGGUUCACUAGUGCCAACCUCAUCACUGAUGAUACUACUGUAGUCACGUCAAACGGACUACUUGAGCUAACCAAUGGCACAAUUAAUCGCAAAGGCCAUGCAUUCUACCCAUCUCCAUUGCACUUCCGCAAGUCACACAACAAUAAAGUACAUUCUUUCGCAGUUUCAUUCGUGUUUGCCAUCCGCUCUAGCUAUCCCAGAAUGAGCCUACAUGGAUUGGCCUUUGUUGUUUCCCCAAGCAUAAAUUUCUCCAAUGCAUUGGCUAUCCAAUACUUGGGCUUGCUAAAUUCUAAAAACAGAGGCAGCAAAAGCAACCAUAUCUUAGCUAUUGAGUUUGACACUAUCUUGAACAUCGAGUUUGAAGACAUCGAUGACAACCACGUAGGCAUUGACAUCAAUGACCUCCACUCAAUAAAAUCCCACUCUGCAGGCUACUAUGAUGAUAGAAAUAGUAGCUUUCAAAACAUGAGUCUUAUUAGUGGUGAUGCAAUGCAAGCAUGGGUGGACUAUAAUGGAGAAGACAAGAAAAUCAGUGUGACUAUGGCUCCAAUUAAAAUGGCGAAACCUAAGAGGCCACUCAUCUUGAUAUCCUAUGACCUCUCAACAGUGCUGAAAGAGCCAUCGUAUAUUGGAUUCUCAGCAUCAACCGGUUUAGUUGACUCACGACACUACAUCCUUGGCUGGAGCUUUGGCAUGAAUAAACCAGCUCCUAUGAUUAAUGUCAACAAACUACCAAAACUACCUCGUCAGGGCCCAAAUCCUCAACCAAAGCUCCUGGCAAUCACUCUACCAAUAGCCAGUGCAACAUUUGUGAUUCUUUUUUGUGGUGUAUUUAUUACAAUUGUGCGGAGGCGAUUGAGGUAUGUAGAGCUAAAAGAAGAUUGGGAGAUUGAGUUUGGACCACAUCGAUUUUCAUACAAGGAUCUGUUCCACGCUACACAUGGAUUCGACAAUAAGAACUUGCUUGGUGCAGGAGGAUUUGGUAAGGUCUACAAAGGAGUACUUCCAUCAUCUAAACUAGAGGUCGCAGUGAAGAGAGUGUCUCAUGAGUCUAGACAAGGGAUGAAGGAGUUUGUUGCUGAGGUUGUCAGUAUUGGCCGCAUUCGUCAUCGCAAUAUUGUUCAAUUAUUGGGCUAUUGUAGGAGAAAAGGUGAAUUACUUUUAGUUUAUGACUAUAUGCCAAAUGGUAGCCUUGAUGCAUAUUUAUACAAUAAUGAGCUCAAACCUACAUUGAGUUGGGAUCAACGCUUUCGGAUCAUCAAGGGUAUUGCAUCUGGAUUGUUCUAUCUCCACGACAAGUGGGAGAAAGUUGUCAUCCACCGGGAUAUCAAGGCAAGCAAUGUGUUGCUCGAUACUGAAAUGAAUGGAAGGCUAGGUGACUUUGGCCUUGCAAGACUAUAUGAUCAUGGCACUGACCUACAAACUACACACGUGGUCGGUACAAUGGGGUACCUCGCCCCAGAAUUGGUAUGCACAGGUAAGGCAUCCCCUCUCACAGAUGUGUUUGCCUUUGGUGCAUUCCUUCUUGAGGUCACCUGCGGGCAAAGGCCAGUUAACCACAGUUCACAAGACAGUCCUGGUGUAUUAGUUGAUUGGGUACUCGAGCAUUGGCAAAAAGGAUUGCUAACAAAUACAGUAGAUGCAAGGCUGCAAGGCGACUACAACAUUGAUGAAGCAUGCUUUGUGCUAAAGUUAGGUCUAUUAUGCUCACAUCCAUUUACCAACAUGAGGCCCAAUAUGCAGCAAGUCAUGCAAUACCUUGAUGGUGAUGUGCCACUCCCUGAGCUAACACAAAUGGAUAUGAGCUUCAGCAUCAUCUCCAUGAUGCAAGAUGAAGGGUUCAACCCAUAUACACUAAACUAUUAUGUACUACUAAUUGUUUACUUUCUUGGGCCCUUCUGCGCCAGCUCCGGCGAAGAGAGCUUUGUCUACUCCGGCUUUGCCAGCACCGGCGCAGCCAACCUCACCCUCGAUGGCUCAGCCAUGGUCACCACCACAGGGCUCCUUCAGCUGACAGACAGCAUGCCCAAUAUCCAAGGCCACGCAUUCUACCCAACUCCGCUCCGGUUCAAGAAGCAAUCGAAUGGCAUAGUCCAAUCCUUCUCCGUGGCCUUCAUGUUCGGCAUCAUCUCCCCGUACUCCGAUGCGAGCACCGACGGCAUGGCCUUCGUCGUCGCCCCAAACAAGGGCUUCCCCGAUGCCAAGGCGGCGCAGUUCUUGGGCCUCCUCAACAUCAGCAGCGACAACAGCACAAGCAACCACAUGUUCGCCGUGGAAAUCGACACCGCCCAGAACACCGAGUUGGACGAUAUCGAUGGCUACCACGUCGGCAUCGACAUCAACAGCCUCCACUCCAAGAAAUCCCAACACAUCGGCUUCUACAAUGACCAGCAUGGUGGGCUCUUGAAGAACCUGACCCUCACGGGCAGCAACUGCAAGCCGGUCCAAGUGUGGGUGGACUACGAUGGAGAGACCACACAGAUCAAUGUCACUUUGGCUCCCAUCAAAGUGACCAAACCUACACGGCCACUGCUCUCAGUCCCCUUCAACCUAUCCACAGUGCUCACUGACCAAGCAUACAUUGGCUUCUCGGCAGCAACAGGUCCGCUCACCUCACAUUACUACGUGCUUGGAUGGAGCUUCGCUAUGAAUGCUCCUGCUCCGCCUAUUGAAAUCUCCAGGUUGCCGAGGCUCCCUUGCCCUGGAGAUAAUAGGUUGCAGAAGAUCUUGCAGAUCCUAUUGCCAAUUGUCGCUGUAGCAUUGAUCUUCAUUGUAGUCAUGAUACUUGUGAGGAGGCAGCAGAGAUAUGCGGAAUUAAGGGAAGAUUGGGAGGUCGAGUUCGGGCCACACCGGUUCUCAUACAAGGAUCUGUUCAAUGCCACAGAAGGUUUCAAGAGUAAGCACAUACUCGGCGUGGGAGGGUUCGGAAAAGUGUACAAAGGAGUGCUUCGGACAUCCAAACUUGAGGUUGCUGUGAAAAAGGUAUCACAUGGUUCAAACCAAGGGAUGAAAGAGUUUAUCUCUGAGGUUGUUAGCAUUGGUCACCUUCGGCACCGCAACCUUGUGCAGCUACUUGGUUAUUGUCGACGAAAGGGCGAACUCCUACUAGUGUAUGACUAUAUGCCAAAUGGUAGCCUUGACAAGUAUCUAUAUGGUGAAGACAACAAACCUGUUUUAAAUUGGGCUCAGAGGAUGCAAAUCAUCAAAGACGUGGCUUCUGGCUUAUUCUACCUCCAUGAGAAGUGGGACAAGGUUGUCAUCCACCGUGACAUCAAAGCAAGCAACGUGCUCCUGGAUAGUGAAAUGAAUGCCCGGUUAGGCGACUUUGGUCUUGCAAGAUUAUAUGAACAUGGCACCAACCCACAGACCACGCACCUGGUUGGAACCAUGGGAUUCAUAGCCCCAGAGCUGGCACGCACAGGAAAGGCAUCCCCUCUCACCGACGUGUUCGCCUUCGGCACGUUCCUUCUUGAGGUCACCUGUGGCCGGUGGCCGAUCAGCAACAGUGCGCACCACGGCCGAAAGAUGUUGGUUGACUGGGUUCUCCAGCACUGGCACCAGGGUUCGCUGCCAGAGACAGUGGACCCGAAGCUGCACGGCAUCUACAACGUCGAUGAGGCAUGCCUGGUGUUGACACUUGGGCUGAUGUGCUCACACCCAAUACCCGGAGCAAGGCCUAUCAUGCGGCAGGUCAUGCAAUACCUUGAUGGAGAUGCACCGCUGCCGGAGUUUACACCGGCAACCCUGAACUCCAGCUUGCUGGCAAUAAUGCACAAUGAAGGGGUCGACCCAUACGUCGCACAGUACCCGUGGUCAGGGAAUAGCUUGGGCACAAUGACACCAGACAUCUUGUCUGGAAGAUGAGACCUGCACAUAAUGCAUUUGUUAGAACUUUCAAGUGCUUGCCUGCUUAGGCAAAUGACAGGCAAUUAUAAAAUGUCCUUUGUUGUAGUAUCAUUAGAUUUACCUUACUUGUAGAAGUGCAGUGUAUUUUGAUUAACUGUAAAUCUGUGCAAGUUACUGUGAUUGGAUUGAUUCUAUGGUGAAUAUAGAUGGAGGUUUGUGAACUGC